UUUUGAUGGCUCGUACAGUUACAAAGUUUAUAACACUUCAUACAUAGACGGCUUGCUGAGAGCGGACUGUAAAGCUGAAAAUGAAUGUUCUUAUUUUAAUUAUAUUGUUGUUGAGGAUUAUGUCGGCGAUGGGUGAUCAACAGUGUGAUUGCAGUGCUCUAACAUUUCUAAAACAACUUGUCCAACAAGAGAUGUUUGAGAGGAAGCUAGAAAUCAGCAUGCUACGAUCGGAAAUGAGGAAAGUUUCAACAGUGCCUAAAUUACUUGAAACCACCAACUCGAUGGAAGAUGUUCAUACGCGUGUAGAGAAACUGGAACAACGAUUUUCCAUGCUGGAAAAUGCAUCGGAUAUAGGCCCACAAGAGAAGGACGCCCCACUGGAAGCUUAG